AUGGAGGAUACGUACAACACCAGUAAACGAGAAAAAGAGGAAGAUGGAAAUGGAAAGGGUAUUUUGGGGAGAUGGUGUUGGAACGGCUGCAGAGGGGCCGUAGGGGAGGCCGAAUUAGGCGGGCGCGCCAGGGGUGGUCUCUCUUUGGGUGGGUUUUGGGGCUUCGGGGGAGAAGAGAAAUGGGGGAGGGUCUGUGUGUUUGUGUGCGUGUGUGGCGGUGGAGAGAUCCGACACCUGAUGAGCUGCAGCAAGGUACAAACUAUCGAUGAGGAUGACGAGUCAGAUAUGGUGAUGAUAAGUUUAGAAGAGGAAUCGAAAGAGAUCAGGGAAGACCUGGGAAGAUAUGGUCACCAAAAGGGAGGAUCGAGUGGAUGUGUUCGGUUGUUACAGCGUACACCUAGCUACAGCUACAGUACAGACGUCUCUACUGGCUCUAGCAUUGGAUGGAAUAAUAUCUUGUCCACAGCAAUAGUUUUAUCUCGUCAAAAUAGUUCCCCUUCCACUCGCUCAUUACUCGCCUCUUCAGUGAACAACCCCCGAAUCUACUGCAUGAGAAUGGAUGAGAUUGUGGAUCUUGGCAACAGGCAAAUAUGUAGGUAG